AUGCUGCAGAGGCCCGACAUCGUAUGGAAGAACUAUGUCGCCAAGAAGAACAUCGUGCAGAAGAGGCGCGACGUCGUAUGGAAGAACUACAUCACCGAGAAGGACAUCGUGCAGAAGGGGCGCGACGUCUUGCGGAAGAAGGGAGACGUCGCGCAAGAGAGAAAUGCUCAUGCAGACGUUCAUCUGCGAUCGUCCGAUGGGACGAUUUAG